AUGUUAUUUACGGCGAUAGGCGUUGCCCACGGCGCUUCUCUUGUAUAUGAUGCUAAUCUUGACAAAAUGGUCUUGAAUACGACUAUAUUCCCAGCGACACACGGCCGUUAUGGUCGGAGCCUUCACUCGAGAGCAUCUAUAAGUAACACUGACCUUGGUUAUACCAUAGCUAAUAAGCACUCCAGGAUGCCGAGCCAACUUGCUCUCUUUACGUGCCUGCAGCUACUUAUGCGCGUGUAUCUCAUAAAGGGAGAUCCUCGAUUUUCUUCUGCAACUUCGAAAGCUAGGAUAUUAACACGAGAUGUAGAAAUCUCAUUCAACCCGCCAAACAGGUCUCCGACGCUUGUGCCUUAG